AUGUCUCCCCGACGUCCAAUCUAUUUCAACGCCUCGGCCGGCACACAGAGUGACUUCCUUGAAGUCGAAGGCCUCUCCAAGUUCCACCAGUCACUCGCCGGUUACACUCCGACCCCUCUGACGUCCUUUCCUGAUCUCGCGACCGAGCUAGGCGUCCGUUCCGUUCUCGUCAAAGAUGAAAGCAACCGGCUCGGGCUACCCUCUUUCAAAGUCCUCGGCGCAUCAUGGGGCUGUUACCGUGCGGUAGCCGCUUACCUCGAUCUACCGCCGACUGUGAGCCUUGAGGAGAUGGCUGCCCGAGCACAAGAAAAAACGAUAACACUGUUGGCCGCGACGAAGGGGAACCAUGGCCGGGCUGUCGCGUUCAUGGCGCGUACGCUUGGUAUCGAAUCAAACAUUUUUGUGCCGGACUCGAUGGACGAGCCCACGCAGAACAGGAUCAGAUCGGAGGGAGCAAAGGUGACAAUCAUCAAGGAUGACUACGACGCAGCUGUAUUGGAGGCGCUGAAGGUGUCUAAGGAGACGGAAGGAGCGCUGCUCAUCCAGGAUACUGCACUGGAUGGGUAUGAAGAGGUUCCUUCGUGGAUUGUGGACGGGUACUCAACCAUGAUGUUCGAGAUCGAGAGCCAGUUGGCUGAGAUGGGUCUUGUCGCGACGACCAUGAUAACACCUGUGGGAGUUGGAAGUCUCGCAAACACCGUCUCGACCUUCUGCAAGUCGAGGGAGGCUCCCAUUUCCGUCGUCACCGUCGAACCGGACACAGCCGCCUGUUUGCAGGAUAGCCUGCUUAAAGAAAAGCUAACGCCAAUCGAGACAUCUUUCACCAUCAUGGACGGUAUGAACUGCGGAACAGUUUCAACGACCGCAUGGCCAAACCUCCAGCGUCUCGUAGACGCUAGCGUCACGGUUUCUUGCCACGAGAGCCACAAAGCCGUGAAAUAUCUAGCGUUGCGCUCAGUCUCCGCUGGGCCCUGUGGUGCUGCUUCUUUGGCGGCAUUGAGACGCCUAACGAAAGAAGGCUCACAGUCCCUCCUGACCAAGGACUCGGUCGUCGUCCUGUUGAGCACAGAAGGACCCCGCGACUACCCCAUCCCGUUGGAUGUGUCGCCCGACAACGAGGUUGAAAUCACGCGCAUGCUCACAAAGAUCAACUCUUCGAAUCCCACGCUGUCCACCGCCGAUGGCGCGGGAGAGACCCAAAUAUGCGACUAUUUACAGGCGUGGUUCGCGCAUCGCGGCAUCGAGUCGCACCGCGUUGAGCCAGUUCCCGGUCGACCGUCCGUCGUCGGCGUGCUCAGAGGAACCGGAGGGGGAAAAUCGCUUAUGUUCAAUGGACAUAUUGACACCGUCAGCCUAGCGAGCUACGAAACAGAUGCACUUUCCGGGGCCGUUGAUACCAGAGAUGGCCAGCAGGUGGUCCUCGGCCGAGGCAGUCUAGAUAUGAAGGGCGGGCUUGCAAGUGCACUAGCGACCGUCUCAGCUAUAAGAGCCGGGUCUUCUUUGCGCGGAGAUAUCAUUGUAGCCGCUGUUUCGGACGAAGAGGAUGCGUCACAGGGAACAAGGGAUAUUCUCGCUGCAGGAUGGAAAACUGAUGGCGCUGUUAUUCCUGAGCCAACAGGUGAAGCCAUGGCCCACGCGCAUAAGGGCUUUGUCUGGGUAGAGGUCGAUAUUCUCGGCGUUGCUGCGCACGGUUCCGACCAUGUCCAUGGCGUCGACGCGAUCCUUCAUACUGGGCGCUUCCUUCAGGCCAUGGCUGAGUAUAGCAAGACGCUCCCAGUUGAUGACGUGCUCGGCCCGGCAACAUUACACUGCGGCUUAAUCAAGGGUGGAGAGGAGGCUUCCUCAUACCCAGCGAAGUGCACGACCACGAUCGAAUUCCGGACAGUGCCCGGCCAAACGGCGCUGUCAAUUCUAAACGACAUCAAGAGCCUUUUGCAGGACAUCCAGGCCAAGGCCGGAAACGCCCAGUUCAAAUUCGCUGAGCCUAGGGCUACGCUCUGCCGUCCUGCUCACAAGAUCGACGCUGAUCAUCCGUUUAUUCAGACGGUGGCCGAUUGCGCAGAAACGGUGAUGGGGAAGAGACCUGCUAUUCAAAGCGUCCCGUUCUGGUGCGACGCUGCGCUUCUGAGUGAGACAGGCAUCCCAUCUGUCGUUUUCGGUCCGUCUGGUCAUGGUCUACAUGGGAAAGAGGAGUAUGUUGAGGUGGAGAGUUUGCAGAGGCUGAAGAAUGUGUAUGAGAAGCUGGCGAGGGAGUUCUGCGCCUGA